GCCGCGGGUUUACCCCCGUCGCGGGCGCGUUAACCCGGAAGCACGUGUUAGUCCCGUGCGGCCGCGUGCUCCACACCGCGACUCCACACCGCGGCUCCACGUGUCCCGCGCGACUCCGCGUAGCUCCACGUCUUCACGGCUCCCCCCCGGCUCCCGUUCGCGGCUCGGGUUCCGCGCAGCGCUCCGCCGCCAUGAAGUUCAACUUCAGGUUUUCGAACCUGCUGGGCACCGUGUACCGUCGCGGAAACCUCGCCUUCUCUCCCGAUGGCAACAGCGUGGUCAGCCCCGUGGGGAACCGGAUCACGCUCUUCGACCUCAAAAAUAACAAGUCGGAGACCCUGCCUGUGGCGACAAGGGUCAAUAUCAGCUGUGUGGGCCUCUCUCGAGACAUGAGCCUGGCCAUCCUCAUUGACGAAGAGGGUGCCGCGGUGCUCGUGAGCAUGAUCGGCAAAUCGGUGCUGCACCACUUCCACUUCCACAAGCCGGUGCACAGCAUCAAGUUCUCUCCGGACGGGCGGAAGUUUGUCGUGACCAAAGACAAGGUGGCAAUGCUUUAUCACGCUCCCGGCCUCGUGCGGGAGUUCAACCCGUUCGUGCUGGACAAAACCUUCUUUGGGCCGUACGACGAGACCACCUGCAUCGACUGGACGGACGAUUCCAGGUGCUUCUCGGUGGGCAGCAAGGACAUGUCCACGUGGGUGUUCGGAGCCGAGCGCUGGCAGAACCUGGUCUUCUACGCCCUCGGGGGCCACAGGGACGCCAUCGUCGCGUGCUUCUUCAGGCAGAACUCCCUCGACAUUUACACGCUGAGUCGGGAUGCCGCGCUGUGCGUGUGGGAGUGCGACACUCCACUGACGGGCCUCAGGCCUCGGGCCGCGAAGGCCCCGGAGGAGGCGGCGGAGGAGGAGCGGGAGGUCCCCUGCGGCCACGGCGAGGGGGAGAAGGCCGGCGAAGUGAUUCACGGGAAAGUGGAGACGGAAGUUGCCCAAUACAAGGUCCACUACAAGCAGAAGUCCAAGCACUUCUUCAACAAAGACGGAGACUUCAAAUACCUCACCGCCGCCGACUACCACAAGGCCACGCAGAUCCUUGUCUCGGCCUUCGCCUCCGGAGUGUUCCACAUCCACGAGCUGCCGGACUUCAACCUCAUCCACUCUCUCAGCAUUUCGGACCAAUCGAUCUCGUCGGUUUGCAUCAACAACACGGGCGACUGGAUCGCUUUUGGCUGCACAGGCUACGGGCAGCUGUUGGUGUGGGAAUGGCAGAGCGAGUCGUACGUCAUGAAGCAGCAGGGCCACUACAACAGCAUGGCUUGCGUGAGCUACUCGCCCGAUGGGCAGCACAUGGCGACAGGCGGGGAUGACGGCAAGGUGAAGCUGUGGAACACGAGCAGCGGCUUCUGCUUCGUCACCUUCAGCGACCACAGUAGCUCCAUCACGGGCAUCACCUUCACCAGCACCGGCUUCGUGGUGCUCUCCGCCUCCCUGGAUGGCACCGUCCGAGCCUUCGACCUGCACAGGUACCGCAACUUCCGGACGUUCACGUCACCGCGUCCGGCGCAGUUCUGCAGCGUGGCGGUGGACUCGAGCGGGGAGGUGGUGUGCGCUGGCUCCUCCGACCACUUCGAGGUCUACGUGUGGUCCAUGCAGACCGGACGUCUGCUGGAGGUGCUGGCUGGUCACGAGGGGCCGGUGAGUGGCCUCAGCUUCAGCCCCGGGCAGGCCCUGCUGGCGAGCUGCUCGUGGGAUCGCACGGUGCGCGUCUGGGACGUGUUCGAGAGCAAGGGCAACCGGGAGACCAUCCAGCUCAACUCGGACGCCCUGGCCGUGGUGUUCCGGCCAGACGGCAAGCAGAUCGCCGUCGCCACGCUGGACGGCCACAUCUCGUUUUGGGACCCGCACCAGGCCACGCAGACCGGCUCCAUCGAGGGGCGCCACGACCUGGCCAUGGGGCGGCGGGACCUCGACCUCGUCACCGCUAAGCACACCGCCAAGGGGAAGUCUUUCACCACGCUGUGCUACUCGGCCGACGGGGAGAGCAUCCUGGCUGGAGGACGCUCCAAGUUUGUCUGCAUCUACAACAUCCAGGAACAAAUCCUCAUCAAGAAGUUUGAGAUCUCCUGCAACCACUCCCUGGAUGCCAUGGAGCAAUUCCUGGACCGACGAAAGAUGACGGAGUUUGGAAGCCUGGCGCUGAUCGAUGAGGGCGUGGGGGAUGAGGAGGGAACAGCCAUCAGCCUUCCCGGCGUUCGACGAGGAGACAUGAGCAGCCGGAACUUCAAGCCGGAGGUGCGCGUGACAUCCCUGCAGUUCGCCCCCACAGGGCAGGGAUGGGCUGCCACGACGACAGAGGGGCUGCUGGUCUACUCCCUCGACAGGGGGCUCGUGUUUGACCCCUUCGACCUGGACGUGGACGUGACGCCGCAGUCCGUCCGCAAGGCGCUCUCUGCCGGGAGCUUCUCCACCGCGCUCAUCCUCAGCUUCCGCCUCAAUGAGAAGCAGGUCAUCCAGGAGGUGCUGGAGAGCAUCCCCCACUCGCACAUCGAGAUUGUAAGCAGGUCCCUAGCAGAAGUCUACGUGCUCAAGACCUUGGAUUUUGUUGCUGCUAUGCUGGAGUCCUCUUGCCACCUCCACUUCUACCUCCUGUGGGCACACCAGCUGCUGCUGCUGCACGGGCCUUCACUCAAGGCUCGCUCCGCGUCCAUCCUGCCGCUGAUCCGGAACCUCCAGCGCAGCACCCAGAAGCGCCAUGACGAAGUCGCCAAGCUGUGCGACUGGAACAUGUACAACAUGCGCUACGUCCUCGCACUGGCCCAGCAGACUCCCGAGAAGCCGGAUGGAGAAGUGGCAGAAGAGGACUUGGACGAGAAUGAACUCUUGAGUGAUCUCAUGAUUUAGGACUUCGUCCGUGACACAAAACCGGCACCCCCAUUUGUGGUGUACCUUGUCAUGCUCGCUAAAAAGGUGGCGACGGACCUUUGCUCACAUCAUGGCCCUAGCUGACGCAUGUCGGGCGAAGAGAUCUGCAUAGGAGGUGACAAACGCACAACGAUCCAGGCUUUCCAGCGAUUGUUGUGGUCACUUCCUGGAACGCUAAAAGAACUAAAGCCUUUUUAUUUUACCAGGCAAGGCCCACCGAGCUAUGUAGCUUUUUUUCAAAAGCGACCUGGCCACCAAUCAUAGCUCAAGUAAGUGGCAGCUUAUCACAUGGACGUAUAUAGCAGCCAAAUAGUGAACAUUCAUGUGGAUUCUCAAAAUGGAGGAAACAAACUGGAGGACCUGAAGAAAAAUGCAAGCGACCACGGGGAGAGAGACAUGCCAACUCCGAAUAUACAGCAGCAGGCGUCAGGGUUGGGAUGGAACCCACGACCUCCAGCAUGCCAGGCGAGGGCGUUAACAUCCCGACCUCACCAUGCUCCAUUUAGUAGCAAACCGAACAUGGCGUCUAGUUGCUGCAUUCACACGUUGAAGAUUGUUUGUAAGUCAGCCUAAGUCUUAUAAAAACUGCAGUGAAAUAUAAUUCAAUACAAUAUUUGUAGCAGAUCUAUGCACAAAUCAAUUCCUGCCACCUGAGAAACAAGAUGCCAACCCCCAGACUGGUGGCAAACAAAUGUGUAACUGUAAAGGAUGGGUUUUUUUCAAUAAAAGUAUUGUUCAGGACUCAAUUUGAAAA